AGGACACUUUAGAUCAGUGACGUAUUUAGUCAUUCCCGCGAGGGCGGACUUGUUGGCGGAACUGACGUCAGCGGCGUGGAGUGUUCUAGAACCGUGGAGGAAGUUUAGAGCGAUUUCAUCUGAGUGACCUCAGACAUUGACUUCAGACAUGUAUGAGUUAUCGGUGAUAAAGGUGAUCAAUCCAAGCUGCUUCUUCUGCACGAUUGUGGGAUUGAAGGAUGAUGAGGAGUAUGAGCAGCUGUUCCUGGAGCUGAAUAUGCUGUACGGCCAUAAAUACCGAGACGUUGAAGAGUUAAGGCCGGCAUCGCUUUCCAUUGAGCAGCUGUGUAUGGUAUUCUGUGUAGAAUUGAAGAGCUGGUGCCGGGCAGUCCUGGAAUCCGACACCUGCAGUGCUAAGGACGAAUUGGUUGAGUGUUUUCUGCUGGAUCAUGCCGUGUUCACACCGAUCAAAAAGUCAGACAUUCGAUUCCCUAUAGAAGAAUAUUAUCGGUUGCCAUUUCGAGCAAAGAAAUUUAAGUUACACCAGAUCCAACCGAUCUCUCUCGGCUUCAACGUGUAUGAGAACAAAAUGGACUUCCGGCCAAGAAAGGAUUGGGACUUGGCCGCUGUCUCUUUUUUCCAUCAACUCUUGGAGGAUGCCAUCAAGAUCAAGGCUGACUUCUGUUCUGUGGAGGACGACUACAUAAGUGUUUUUCUUUAUAUUAUUACGAAGGACUCUGUGCUCUGUGUCAAUGAUGAGCUCGUGGCCAAAAAGUUUGCUUCUUAUUACAAAGACAAUUCUGUGUAUGACGAGGUGAAUGGAAAUGCAAUAAUUCCCAUGGUCAAUGGGAUACAGUCGCCAGGACAAGAAAAUGGACCCGGGGUCAAGGAGCUGCAGUCACCAGGACACCAGAAUGUACCAAUGGUCAAAGAGCUGCAGUCACACGUACACCAAAAUGGAUCUAUGGUCAAAGAGCUGCAGUCACCAGGACACCAGAAUGUACCAAUGGUCAAAGAGCUGCAGUCACACGUACACCAAAAUGGAUCUAUGGCCAAAGAGCUGCAGUCACACGUACACCAAAAUGGAUCUAUGGCCAAAGAGCUGCAGUCACCAGGACACCAAAAUGGAUCUAUGGCCAAAGAGCAGCAGUCACCAGGACACCAGAAUGCACCAAGGGUCAAAGAACUGCAGUCACACUUACACCAAAAUGGAUCUUUGGUCAAAGAGCUACAGUCCCCAGGACACCAGAAUGGAUCUAUGGUCAAAGAGCUACAGUCACCAGGACACCAGAAUGGAUCUAUAAUCAAAGAACUGCAGUCACCGGUACACAAGAAUACACCAAGGGUCAUAGAGUUGCAGUUACCAAGACACCAGAAUACACCCAUAUUGAAAGAUAUACAGUCACCAGGACACCAGAAUGGAUCUAUGGUCAAAGAGCUUCAGUCACCGGGACACCAGAAUGGAUCUAUGGUCAAAGAGCUUCAGUCACCAGGACACCAGAAUGGAUCUAUGGUCAAAGAGCUACAGUCACCAGGACAUCAGAAUGGAGUUAAAUCUGUUUCCUUGAGUAAAGAAGAAGCCCAAGUUCCAAAAAAAGCUUCGCCCAAAAUUGCAUCUCAGCCAAUCCUGUGGUCAGCAUGGAGAUGUUUGGAUGGAGGACAUACUACAGAUAUCCAGCAGGAAAGUAGAUCGGUCCUGCAUAAGGAUAAACCACCAUUCUUGGCCAAUCAGAGCAGAAAACCAUCAGAUUUCGUGUCAAAAGAUAGUACUACUCAGUCCUUGAGAAGUCAAAAUGGAAGCAGUCCCGUCCUCCUGCAGAGAGAUGAACCUCCACCCUCAGACGAUCGGCAUGGAAAUGUGUCGCUUUCACUGGAUACGCAAAAUCAGACUUCGAACAUUCAAGAAAAGAAAAUAGAGACGGGUCCUGAGGCUGUGACACCUUCUACACCUUCUACCUGGAACAAUACUGAAGGUGGCCCAAAGCUUUUUCAGGAUGUCCCGGAAAGGGCUGCUGCUGAGAUCAGGGGUCACAGUGAAGAGAAGACUUGUCUGCCGGUUCUAGAAGCUCAGGAUCCUUUAGCUAUGCCGACCACGGAAGCAUUUUCUGUUGUUCAGUCCCCCUGGCCUGCAUUGUGCAACGUAGAUCGUGCAAGAAGGAUGUCUACUGAGAUCCAGGAAGAAUCCAUUGCCAGAAUCCGAACACCGAGUGGGAAUGUAUCAUCCUCGGCUCCCGACAACAUGAGUCAGGCACAACGUUUUACCAAGUUACUUCAUUUCUUAAAUCCAAAUCCAGCGCAGCUAUCAGAAGAAGAGAAUGACGAGCCAAAGGCUGUUGGAAAACUUCAGGAAGCCGUGUUUGUCAGCAAAACCUUAACAGCCUAUCACACCUUGGAAUCUGCUCUUCUUUUUUCUGGUAUCAAAAAGAGGCUGAUGGCGACUGGCUACAGCGGACCCAACUUGACAGAAUCGUACUGCUGGGCUCCCAUCGCUGAAGGAUCCGACACAAUUGUCAUCACUCCUGAUUGCACAAACCCCAUGUAUUAUAUUCCGCCUCUUCUGACUUACCUUAACUGUGCAUCAGCGAUUUACAAAGUACUGCCAGCAAAACACGGGCCACAUGCGAUCGUAUUGUGCUCUUCAUGGGACAAGUGUCACACAGUAUACAAUCUUCUCAUGGAUUACAGCAAAUGUGUCCAGCUGGUAAACCCCACGCUGCUGCUGGUGGGGCAGUCGAAGGAAGAAAUUGAAGGCCUCAACUUGAGGAAACCCUGUUGCUUGGUUGUCACAACUCCACACUGCUUGUUGAGGUGUAUGGAGCACCAUGGGCUACUUCUUCUGCGGCUCUGCCACCUGGUCCUGGAUGAAGUGGGUGUGCUCUUUGCUAAAGCCAGGUCACAGAUGUCGGCCAUACUGGAAGCCUAUAAGAAAACGGCGUCUGCGGAAACUAGAGAUGAUACUUCUCAGCAGGUUGUUGCAAUUGGAAACGCGUGGCAUCAGGAUAUGGAAUUGUUAUUAAAUUAUACAUCCUGCCCACAAGUUAUCAUCACCAGGAUGAAGCAGGCAGCAGUCUUUGCUAAUGUCCAACAGAUAUUGCACUUGUGUUUAGACUGUGAGAAGAUGUCGGUGUUGCUGCAGUGUUUGGAUUUCACGCCAGUCAAUACCCAGAAAAUUCUCAUCUUCACUAGUUCUGAUGAAGAGGCUGAACUCGUACACAAGGUUGUUCAGACCGGUCCCACCUACAAUCUAAUGCUGAACAGGAAAGAAGUGUACAACUUCACCUACAUUUUGGAACAGUGGAAGAAGGUUUUCAGUCGUGGGACAGUGCUGGUCCUGGUGGUUACCGAUGACUAUGCUCCCAUUCUGGAUAUCACUGAUGCCACGUGCAUCAUCCACUACAGUUUUCCACAAAAUACUGAUGUGUUGAACAAACGGCUUUUUUCUUUGCUGGAUUACAUUCAGAGUAAAAUGGAUAAGGUCACCAGACAGGAGCAGGAUUGCUUCAGAGCCAAGUCCAUUCUGCUGAUGACAGACAAGCACGCCCGACAUGCAGUUGAUGUGCUGAAUUCUUUAAAGCAGGCUCAGGCCACAAUCCCGGUAGAACUCGUAGACCUUACCGAGGGAAUCCUGAAAGCCAAAGAAGAGCUCAAAUCCAAUGAAGAACUUUGUCCACAUCUCAAACGUUUAGGCUAUUGCAUCCGAGAUACAUUUUCUUGUCCCAAUCGGCAUCAUAUUAAUCCCAUGACAGACCUGCACAGGAGAAUGGGUCCUGUUGUGGAAGCUGACCAGAACAUUACGGUUCUUCCUCUGUGUAUUGUGGAUGCUUCCUGUUUCUACGGACGGAUAGUAACAAAUGAUGACCCAUAUGAGAAACUUGCCAAACAACUCGAUGAAUAUUACCAUUCUGCAGAAAACAAGGUGCCUGCUGGGAAAGUGGAGACCAAUCAGCUGUGUGCUCUAUGCAAUGUCUCUGCCUAUCACAGGGUUUUAGUGUUGCAAACAAGAAUAGUGGCCAGUGUUUUCUAUGUCACUGUGAAGUAUAUCGAUGAGGGAGGGACGGACUUUAUUCCGGGACAUAUGCUGCUCAAGCUUCCGUUGGUAUUUCAGUCUCUUCCACCGCAAUACUUGGAGUUCAUCAUCUGCAGAGUAAAGCCUAUUGACACCGAGGUGAAGUGGGACUCGAAGGUGACUCGGAUUAUUAAUAGAAGCAUCAGAGGGAAACGUCACAGAGCCAAGGUCGUUCUUAAUUUAGGAAAAACCUACUGGUUGGACCCCAUGGUGCAGAUAAGCUCAUUGACUGGCCUUUCCACCGUUGUCUAUGACCUAAAUGUCCGCCAGGAGAUCUUCGCUACAGGCAUGGCAACUGAUAACCCUGAACAUGUGACCCAUCUGAAAGCCCUGCUGAAUUCUGCCACGACCCCACUGACGGCUUCUGUUAGAAGCUCGUCAGAUGAAUGUUUGACUCGGUCAAAGAGGGUUCUUGGGAGCAUUCCUGAGGAGCCACGGGCCACAAGUCCUGAGGAGCCACGGGCCACAAGUCCUGAGGAGCCACGGGCCACAAGUCCAGAACCACGGGCCACAAGUCCUGAACCACGGGCCACAAGUCCUGAACCACAAGUCACAAGUCCUUUACCACCUGCCCAGGAGAAGGAACCCGAUAAGCAGGAGGAUAAGCCCAAAGACCUUCCGCCGAUUCAGAAUCCUCCAUCUAUGAGUUUUCACCCAGUAGUGAAAUGGUAUGAAAAAGGCGACAUGGUUUUCUUGGCUGUGAAAUUACAAGAGAUAAGAGAUCAUAAGUGUACAUUCUACCCAACCAGAGUGCUAUUCAGUUGUCAUGCUGAAGGGAAGCAUUAUAAAGCAGACUUUGAUCUCUGUAAUGAAACUGUUGCUGAAAAGUCUCGGUGUUCAGUGAAUAGCGGAGAAGCUCUCAUUUCUUUAGAGAAAAAGAAUCAUGAAUCAUGGGCCAGGUUAUUAACACAGAAGAACCCAUACGUCACCUACGACUAUGACCAGCUGGAAGAUUCGGAGGAAAGCAACUCGCCUCCUGCAGUGUUUCAAAACAAACAAAAACCCAUGAGCAAGUCCUACACCGUCGUGUGUGAGAGCGCGGUGUCCACCGACUACAGCGACACGGAAAGUUUGAGUGAUUAGCCCAGUAAGAAGCAGAGGACCAGUUUUAUGAUGUCAUUCUUCUAUUCUUGUAACUGUCCAAUAACAC